AGGGCUGUGCAGCAUGGCACACCACACAGCCAGCGUCCUGAGGGGCCUGCUCUUGUCCAGCCUUCUGCACCUCACACUGAGCCAGGCUGGAGUUUUCCUGGACAAGGGGCAGGCUCUGUCCGUGCUCAAGCGCCCGCGCCGAGCCAACAAGGGCUUCCUGGAGGAGAUGCUCAAGGGGAACCUGGAGCGGGAGUGCCUGGAGGAGAGCUGCAGCUACGAGGAGGCGUUCGAGGCCCUGGAGUCCACGGUUCAGACGGAGAUAUUUUGGUCAAACUACCAAGUAUGUCAGGGCCCGGGACGGUCCAGGGCAGUUCUGGAUGCUUGUCUAGAAGGUAACUGCUCUCUUGGGGUGGGCCACAACUACAAGGGGACCAUCAGCUACACCAAGUCAGGGAUUGAAUGUCAAGUGUGGACAAGCAAAUAUCCACAUAUACCAAAAUUUAAUGCCACCAUUUAUCCCAACCUCAUUGAGAACUACUGCAGGAACCCAGACAACCACUCAGAAGGGCCAUGGUGCUACACCCGCGACCCAACAGUGGAACGGGAGCCGUGUUCCAUCCCGGUGUGUGGUGAAGAAAGGAUGACAGUUGAAUAUACCCCACGGGUCUCACCGCCAGCUCCACUGGAGCCCUGCAAAGAAGGGAAAGGGAUGGAUUACACUGGGACCCUCUCAGUCACUGUGUCUGGAGCUAAGUGCCUGCCAUGGAACUCUGAGAAAGCCAAAGAGGUGCUCCAAGGAAAACACAUCGACCCAGAUGUGAAGCUGCUGGAGAAUUACUGCCGGAACCCAGAUGGAGAUGAUGAGGGUGUCUGGUGUGUCACAGAUGAACCACCCAACUUUGAAUACUGUGACCUGCACUACUGCGACAGCUCGCUGGAGGAUGAGUAUGAACAGUCAGAGAGCAUCUCCGGCCGUACCACCCUUCCUCAAGAGUUCAAAACCUUCUUUGAUGACAAAACGUUCGGUUCAGGAGAAGCAGACUGUGGCACUCGUCCUUUAUUUGAGAAGAAAAAGGUAACAGACAAAAGUGAGAAGGAGCUGCUGGACUCUUACAUUGGAGGCAGAGUUGUCCAUGGGGACGAUGCAGAAGUUGGCAGCUCACCUUGGCAGGUGAUGCUCUACAAAAAGAGUCCUCAAGAGCUGCUGUGUGGUGCCAGCCUCAUCAGCGACAGCUGGAUUUUGACUGCUGCUCAUUGUCUGUACUAUCCCCCCUGGGACAAGAACCUGACCACAAAUGACAUCUUGGUGCGGAUUGGCAAGCACGUAAGAGCAAAGUAUGAAAAGAAUAUAGAGAAGAUUGCUCUGUUGGAUAAGAUCAUCAUCCAUCCCAAGUACAACUGGAAAGAGAACAUGGACCGAGACAUUGCACUUAUGCACUUGAAGAGACCCAUUAUCUUCAGUGACUACAUCCAUCCUGUCUGCCUGCCUUCCAAAGAGGUUGUGCAGAGGCUGAUGCUGGCAGGUUACAAAGGGCGAGUAACUGGCUGGGGAAACUUGAAAGAAACAUGGGUCACCAGCCCCAGCACCCUGCCCACAGUUCUGCAGCAGCUCAACCUGCCCAUCGUGGCCCAGGAAAUCUGCAAGGCAUCCACCAAAGUUAAAGUCACUGACAACAUGUUCUGUGCAGGUUACAGUCCUGAAGACACAAAGAGAGGAGAUGCCUGUGAAGGGGACAGUGGGGGACCUUUUGUAAUGAAGAACCCAGAUGACAACCGUUGGUACCAAGUGGGAAUAGUUUCAUGGGGAGAAGGCUGUGACAGAGACGGCAAAUAUGGAUUUUAUACCCAUGUAUUCCGCCUGAAGAAGUGGAUGCGAAAAGCCAUUGAAAAACAUGGGGGAUGA